CCUGGUUCCUCCUUAUUUACAGCGACUCUUUGCCAGCGACACCAUAUUCUCUGUAAAAGUGAUACCUUCAUCGCUGAUGCAUUGCUCGUAAGUUCGAGUAAGGAUUAAGCCAGCCGAGCCAAGCAGGCCUUCUGUUUUGGAAGCCGGAUGGCGAAUGAUAGUUGUCCUGAAUGGGCAACCAAGCUGUACAGCUUGGACUUAUCCGAUGAAGAAAAGGGGCAAGCUGCGGCGAUUCUUGUGGGCAUGCCGAACGCUGCGGUUCUUUUCCUGGGCAACGCCACCAGCUCUGCCUCAGCGGUGAGGAAGCUCCUGCAGCAAGGUUACUCAUUUACAAUUGUUGCAACAGGCGUGAUCGCGGCCUCAGGACAGCUGACGGAGGCGGCGACGAAAAUGGUGGCGAUGAUGGAGGUGGCGGAGGCUGCGAAGGAGGCGGCGGAGGCUGCGAAGGAGGCGGCGGGGGCUGCGAAGGAGAUGGCGGAGGCGGCGACGAAGGCAAUGGCACAGGCGUUCGCCCAGGGCAUGGUCCUGGGGCCGAGAACGGCAGGAGGUGACAGCAGCAAGAGCGCCGGCAGCAGCAGCGACAGCAGGACGAGCAGCCCGGACAGCGGUUCCAGUGGCGGGGAGCGCUUUGAUGCCGACGAGGGGCUACUGGAGGCCGCGCAGGAUAACUACUCCGCACAUGCGUUUAUGUCGGUCCUGCGCCAGCCCGCCGUGUACCAGGGUGUGCUGAAGCAGGACACGCCGCCAACCUCCUUCCAGCCCCCGACCAGGGAGGAGCUCAUGGAGGAAUUCGCAGCACUGCUGGUGAAGGCGAAGCUUCAUGCGGAUCAGCGGCAGUAGUGCAUUGGGAUGACAGGGGCGGCCACGUAUGCGACGUGGCACGGCGGGUCAUUGCAUCAUUACGCUAUCUGUGAAGGCGGUGGUGGAGUGGCGGGCGGCGUGGUGGUGUCGGAGCUGGGGUGACGGCGUGGCCGCUGGCUGGCGAAUUCCGCCACCUGCCAUGCGAUGUACAGAACCAGCUAACGGACUACAUGCAUGUUUCGGCGCUGGUGCCUUGUCCAGGCCACCUGGAGGACGCAUUGAACGCAGUGACAUGCCUGAUCUCGCUUUAACCUGCUGUAACCUGCUUUAGUACUGCUCUUGCUCUCCCGCCGUACUGGACCUUGCGAAAUCCUUCGUUAACAACGACAUCAACCAGUACAGGGAAGUUGCCAAGUACUUUUCCGACCGUUGCAAGACGAUUGGCAAGCCCUCCACGAUUUACAUGGACGCUAACUGCCCCCGGGACAAGACGGGCGGACGUUAAGGUGCCAUUGUACGGCACUACCGGUAUGUAUGCCGUACGGCCGCUCGGCACCGCAGUUCGCUGGUAGCUAAGAAGCGCGAAAUGCUCGGUUGCUUCAGGUCUCAUGCCCAGCAGGACACACCAUCCUAGUUACGGACAUUUGUUGGGAAGCGGCAUCACAGCAGGAAUACGGCGAUCGAUGGUGCUUAAUUGGUGGGUCGAGGCGACCACGGUGGUUCCCAAUGGUUAUGAUUGAGGCUGGGGCGGUUUAAGAACCAGGUUGUUUACAAACAAUCCCAAGACGUACGGCGCAUGUUGAUCUCAAUGCAAGAUAUGGAAUAAUGAAGCGUGGUGCGAAAUCUCGGUGAGUAGUAUUUUCAGUGCCCGCUGGGUUGAUCUUGCGAUGAUGAGUGAAUCGUUUCUUGAGUUGACUAAAGUGUUGCGCAGUUGGUGUGGCUAGGCUGUUACACGUCUGUUGGGCCGGCGUUUGUGAUUGUGUUGUACGAUGGUUAGCUGAGCUCCUCGUCAUAAGUGCUGAGCUACCUUUACUCGAGGCUAACGUGCACGCAUAUAUGGCAGAAAGGUUGGCAUGCAUGCGGAGAUAAGAGCGAGCCCUGAUCUGCCCCAAUAAUGAUGAGGAAAUAAAUGAUACGCCAGGAGUGCCCUAGUGUUGAGGAGGUAGGGGUUUUAAUCCUGGCAGUUCAAUGCAGGACACUUGCAUGAUGAUGACUACCUUGUUAUAAGAGGAUUAAUGCGGAAUGCCCGUGGACUGGAGUCGUUUGGCCGUUGGGAUUGCUCGCCUAUGAUUGAUGCCUCUCGAGCCAGCACUACACUUUUCAUACUGG